UGCUCUCAUGCCCGUGUAUGUGUCCCACAACGCAAUGCAACAUCGUCACGUCGUCACAUCUCACUCACACGUGUUCUCCCCAUCCAUCCAUUCAUCCAUCGAUUCCAUCAUUCAUGUGUGUCUGCCGACCCGACCCUGCCAGGAACUCACGAUUUCCACUGCCCGAGCGACAGACACACAGCACCAAACCACGCCACACAUGCACCCAUAGAUCCAGCGAGGUAAGGGAAAAGACCAACAAAUAUAGAGAAGCGAGACCGCACCGCACGUGUGUGACCUUCCCCUCGCUAUGCCACUAUGGCUGUGCCCCGCCACCCACACAGCCAUACAAACACACACACUCCCACACAACACAACACCUACACACCCAGCCAUGCGCACAUGUCACUGCAUGCCCCUUUCUGUGUGGAGAGAGAACAGCCUCCUUUCCGUACCGUACGGCCUACCUACCGUCCUACGGAUGAGUGUCUCACAUGACACAGACACCACCCAAACAGAGGCAACGGCUUCGCUUUUCACGAGAGUCACAUUGGUUCAAGGACAGCACACGACAGGACAGAAGGCAACCCGCCUCAAAGGAACUCUCACAGACAUGUACCCACCAACCCAAUCAAGAGGCCUCACAGCCUCUCUCAGAUCGACCUGAUCAGCUCAUCACUGCACGACGACAAGAUGACCGACAAAAAAAGUGAAUCAGACCAAUAUAUCGAAGGAGCAAGUACGUGUGUGCGCACGAGCUACGCAUACGCUGACUGAAUGGUAUCAGUGGCGCAGCGGCCAGCGCAUGGUAGCCCCCCGGCCCCACCCACCACUCCACGCACGCAAACAGCCAAUGAAUUCACCGUGACACCACAUGACACACAGCAGAAAUCACGAACGGAAACAACGAUUGUGUGCAUGUGUCAGGACGCAUGUGUCAGGACGCUACAGAGAGGAGUGAUGCCGUCUUGUGAUCCCAUCUUAGAGCAUAAAAUUCACGGGGCCCGAGGGCCGAUUGCAGACAGUUGGAUCAAAGUCAUAGCCAGUGACGACCUGGAAACACAAUACACAUGCAAACCCAGCACGGGCGCUCAGUGGGCCUUCGCUGUUUGUCUAGUCGCAUGUUCGCUCGCUUACGAUUGCAGUGCACGGGAUGAUGCUGUUGUUGCAUGUGAUCUACAUAAACAGAUGGAACGCGUGCAAGGCAGGGUAUCCGUAGGGGCAGGGUCUCCUGCACGGCAAUGCGGAGACCCGGCGUACGUACCUGGACCCUGUAAUUAUGGAGGCCGAGCCAUGAAAAAGCCCUGACCCAGACACUCGUAAAUGCUGUCCCCCCGUCCGCCCCGAUGCAGUCGUCAAAGCCGAGUCUGCGAUGCACACGGACAAAUCGUAGCGAAUAUGUAUGUGUAGACAAUGGAUCCGUAGUGAGUACUGAAUCUCGCAGAUUUCCAGACGCAUUCGACCGAGGGACGUGAGCUUCCAGUUGUGAGCAUCGAAUGCACGAGGGUUGACUGAGCUUCUGAUGGUCCUUGUCUGCCCCGCGGAGACAGGAAAGAUGAACUGAGGCCCGUGGAUCUCUGCAUUCAAUCGACGCCCACAAGACAGACAGACACAAACACACAAGACAGCCGGUAAAUGAAACGACAAGCAUGCCCUUCCCUCCUUCUCGCCGCUUACUGGGGCAUGGGGCUUGCUCAGAAGUAACAUUGGUGCCGUUGCUAUCUCUCUCGACAGGCUCAGAGAUAUCCGCAUACCAGGCAGCUGCAUGUGGCCACACACACACGUGUGCGUCUCUCUCUCUCCCAGCGUGUGUGUGUGUGUGCAUCAGUGAUCAUACGUAGGUUGAGGAGCUUCAUCCUAGGGUCAUCCUCGUCACCACCGCCGGUCCUGGUGAACACGCGGUCGCCGUGCAUGACCACCUCGAUGCCCUCCGCGGCGUUCUCCAUGAGGACAGUGGAGAUGGCAUUCAGGCGAUUCACCCUGUCGACCUCCUCCGGUGCGACCUCAACCUCCUCGCCAUUCUCGCCGAUGAACCUGGGAGCCGCUGCAUGAAGAAGCCACGUGCACAGGGAGAGACGGCACAGAAGGAGAAUGCAUAUCUGUCAAAUCUCAAGCGCGGCCACGCGCAUCAUGCAUCAGUGGAGUGGAGGGGAGUGGCUCACGUUCCGCUUGCAGUCUGCGGAUCUGGCAGUUGGCGACGCCCGCGAGGGCAAUGAGCAGCAGCAGGCAGAAGACCUUCAUGUCGGGACAAAGAUACCAAGGGGGGAGGUGUUCCCGUUAGCGCUUCCCGCCAGCGCUUUCCGAGCUCGCUUCCCGGCUGGCCGAGAUCUUGUUGAAGGGAGUGACAGACACCCAUCUUAGAGCCACUCUCUUUCCCCCUUCUGGUAAGAAUCGCACCUUCUUG